AAUACAGUUUUUUCUUCUAAUCCACCUACCUUACCUUAAUUUUACAAAUCAAUUUUUUUUUGACGUACUUAAAACGUCAAAGCUAGGCAUGUUUGAUGUUUCUCUCACCGUUAAUCACGGCGUCACAUUUUGUUUAAUUAUAUAGAACUUUGCACCAUCAUCAACAGAACCAAUAGAUUCACAAAAAAACUUCCCAAGUUUUUUCUUUGUGAAUUAACAUGCAGCUAUUUCAGAAACACACAAAAGCACAAUUUUUGAUUAAUUUCAUAUUAGUAGCAUCUUCAUUUUGUGGCUUUUAUGUCAUUGUAUCAGUCCUAAUAUUAGGUACUUCAAACCCAAAGCUAUUAGUACAUUUGCAACAUUCUUCAUCAUCACAAGAGGCGUUGAAAUCCGCAACCGCAACUGCAACCACAACCGCGAACACAACUCUAGAUGAUAUAGUAUUUGGAAUUGCUGCGAGCAAAAGUUCAUGGACAAAGAGAAAAGAGUAUGUCAAACUAUGGUGGAAAACCAACAAUACAAAGGGUUGUGUUUUCUUGGAUAGUCUACCAAAAGAUAAUGAUGACUCUUCUUCUCUUCCUCCUCUAUGUCUCUCUCAAGACACGUCGCGGUUUCGAUACACUUGCAGCGGGGGACUUCGAUCAGCAAUACGAGUCGCACGCGUUGUUGUGGAGACGGUGGCGUUGAAUCAUACCGGUGUGAAGUGGUAUGUGUUUGGAGACGACGACACGGUUUUCUUCCCGGAGAAUUUGGUGAAGACUUUGUCAAAAUAUGAUCAUGAGCUUUGGUAUUAUAUCGGUGCGAACUCGGAGAUUUAUGAGCAGAAUCGUUUGUUUGGGUUUGGAAUGGCUUUUGGUGGUGCUGGUUUUGCUAUUAGCUCUUCUCUGGCUAAAGUUUUGGCUAAGGUUUUUGAUUCUUGUUUGGAAAGGUAUCCUCAUCUCUAUGGAAGUGAUGGUAGGGUUCAUUCUUGUUUAGCUGAACUUGGUGUUGGAUUGACACAUGAGCCAGGUUUUCAUCAGGUUGAUUUAACUGGAAACACCUUUGGCCUAUUAGCUGCACAUCCAGUAACUCCUUUAGUAUCUCUUCAUCACUCAGAUUACACUGAUUCAAUCUUUCCAAAGAUGACAAGAACACAAGCUCUACAACAUUUAUUCAAAGCAGUAAAUCUUGAUUCUCAAAGAAUCCUGCAACAAACAAUUUGCUACAACAAAAAGUUUUCAUGGACAGUUUCAGUAUCAUGGGGUUACGCUGUUCAAAUAUUCAACGAUCAUAUGUUUUUACCAGAAGCUGUCAAUGUGCAAGAAACAUUCAAACAAUGGAAAAAUGGAAAUGUGUUAGCAAAAACUUAUAUGUUCAAUACAAAACCAUUUGACACCGAUCCUUGUGAAAGACCCACUAUUUUUUAUCUUGAUAGUGUUUCUUCUAGUAAGAAUGGUAUCAUAACCAGUUAUUAUAAAAGAUUUUUACGUGAUUGCCGAAAGGAACGGGGAUCACCGAACAAAGUCGAAGUUAUCAAAGUGGUUUCUGAUAAACUAGACCUUAACAUCAAACAGUUGCUGGCUCCAAGAAGGCAAUGUUGUGAUAUAUUGCCAUCAAGUGCUGGUGACAAACUGGAGAUUGCUGUUCGAGAAUGCAAAGAUGGUGAAUUGAUUUAUAUGCACUAAAGUGUUGCCUAUGAUGUGACCAAGUGUUGUAUCUUACCAUCUUUCAAUAUAUUUCAUCAUUUAUUAAAA